AUGAAAAUAUUAUUGAAAAAUUUAUUGAAAUUACUUUAUACUGAACUAAUCACUCUGACAAUAUUUCCAUCAUAUAGUUUUGGACAAAUUAAUGAUCAAAUAAAAGCAAAACGUUUGAAUCAAUUGGCCAGUCGUCUCUACGUUUUGUUACUUAUUAUUGGAGUUGUCAUUCUUAGCCUUCAAACUCUUGUACAACCUGAAAUUUUAACAAAGACUUACAUUAAACCAUCCCUUGAAACUUAUGAAUAUCUUCUACAAAAUCAUGGUGACACAGUUCAUUGUCCUUGUUCAAUAACAUCAUCAACAUAUGGUAAAUAUAUCAAAAUUGAACCUAUCUUUCAUCAGGUAUGUUCAAGUCAAUUCAUUUCAAAUGAAUGGCGAAUAAAUAUUACAACUGGUCUUGUUUCCAAUCUAUCAAAUUAUGAUCGAAGAGAUUAUCGUCGUUUUCUAUCAGCUCAUUUACAAUAUCUUGCUGGAUUAUGUGAUUUUUCCAAUCAAUCAGUCAAUGCUUUUAUUCAACAAUUUCUUUCUUCAUUAUUUGUAACUAUUCAACUUCUCCCAAAAUCAGUUUUAAAUACACAAAUGAACGCACUUAUUGAAGAAAAUAAAUCGAAUGCUCCUGUAAUGCUUCUUCGCUAUCUCUCUUUACAUAGAGAUAUUAAUCAUGGUAAUGCUAUCAUAUCAGCUUACGGAACAAAUUACGAAUAUUUCUUACCUGAAAGAUCUUCUGAAUAUAAACUUAAUCAUUAUGUGAUGCGAACUCAAGGAAUUGUUUAUGAUAAUAAUUGUUCAUGUGCAUUAAAUG